AUGGCAUUCGCGCAAGUGCGUACCGGCAACAGACCUUUAUCGAUAGACAAACAGAUAUAUAACCGAAGGGAAUUGUGUACUGACUCUGAUAGUUCCAAUUCGUCGCUUCAACAGAAAUUCGACACCAAAGGGGAACAAGAGGUCUUUGCCCUUCUACUGAGCGAGUUGCAACCGAUAGCACUCGAAGUCAAGGAUGUCUCAGGCGGAUGCGGGUCCAUGUAUUCCAUCCGGGUACGGUCCGAGAAAUUUAAUAGCCUCACCACAGUCAAGCAACACAUGCUCGUUAACCAAAUUUUGAAAGAGCGUAUACCUCAAUGGCAUGGACUGCAGCUGGUCACAGAGAAGGUCAAAAAGUAG